AUGUAUGGCGUAGAAACAGAGGAUUUGCUGAAAUCUUUUACACAUCCACGUGUGAAAGUUGGUACCGAAUGGGUGAAUAAAGGUCAAAACGUGGACCAGGUGAACUGGGCUGUUGGUGCAAUGGGUAAAGCAGUGUAUGCACGAGUGUUCCACUGGCUCGUUAAAAAGUGUAACGUAACGCUGGAUCAGAAAGGCACCAACAGGGAUUUUUUCAUCGGUGUUCUGGAUAUUGCUGGUUUCGAGAUUUUCGAUGUAAUUAACAGAUUUUUCAAACUUUUGAAAAUUACAAGAUUUCUUAUUUUUAUAAUUUUUAUGCGUUUUUUGCGGCUAUGCAAUGCCAAAACUCAAAUUGUCUAA